AUGUAUAUAUUCUUAGCACUCCUAUCGGUUGUUGGAAACGCAGUUGCAACAUACACUUUCGGUAACUUGGGCAAUCACAAUGAGCUGGAAAUUCUGAGUUGUUUGGAGUCUUGCGGCAUAGAUUGUGAUGUGUAUGUGCAUGUUGACGACGUGCUAUUCAAGGACCACAUAUCAAUAGUGACUUUAUACUCAUGUAUUGAAGACCAUAACAGGGCAGAUAAGUGUUUUUCUCAAUGCUUAUUUGGUGAGUAUGAUAUCAGGCGUCUGAGUCUCUUGACUGAUGAAGCCUAUAUGCGUGUGGUGGGUUAUGACAGUGCGCUGUAUGGAUUACGUGCGAUUGGUUCGGAUAUUGAUCAUUACACACCUUGGCCCGACACGGAUGAUGAGGAAUGGGAGGGCGGCGAAGAUGCUGUUUCAGAUGGCAUAAGCGGGUAA